AUGAAGAAAAUAAUAAGCAAGAUAUCUCUUGUGUUAUAAUCUCUAAAUAUCAUUAUUAUANCCUAUUCUGCAUAAAUUUGUUAAUUAUCUAUAAUUUUUGGACUUGGAAUAUAUAUAGAAUAAAUAAGUGAUGUAAUCGAAAUUCAAAUACCUUUUUUAAUUAUUCUUGCUUAUCUUAAUAUUCAUUUUUUAUUGAAACUAUUAUUAGAAAUUAUAAGUUAAUAUGUAAAAAACCUUGAAGUACAACUUGAUUCUAUAAGAGACUUUAUAAGAACUAAAGCUCCAUGGACAUUAAAAUAUAGAUUCCUACAUUUAUAGCUUUUAAAUAGAUAAUAGUAAAGAGCGAGAGUAAUUAAAAAAUUUUAAAUAUUAAAAAAACAUUUAUUGUUAAAAGCCAAACAAAUUGUAUAAAUUAAAUCUUAAUACAAUAUCUUUAAUGAUGAAGAUGUAAAGAAAAUCAUUAAUAAUUGCAGUUAAUAGAAGUAAUAGAUUUUAUUAAUUUAGUCAAAAUAAUAACAAUGCUGAAUAUUAGACAAUAAAUAGUAAAAUUGAAUCCCAAGGUAAAUUAAGAAUAGAAUAAGGAUGA